CGUCUCAUAAAAGUAUACAGAUGAAGUCACAGCUGGACAGCACGCGCAAAGGGCAUACGACAGGCUGGUGUCACGUCUUUAUUUACAAAUAGAAGAAAAACACAUUGGACACAGUUUUAAAUUCCUCGAAUAUAGAAAAGAGGAACUAAGGUUACACAACGUAUAAAAGAGAGCUUCAAGAGGAACGGCAACAUGUUCACUUGGGUAAAUAAGGAACAGGGUGGAAGGAACAAGGAGGGCGAUAUGUUUCAGACCGUGACUGAAGGACUUCAGAGUCUUUAUUCCAAGAAGCUGCUGCCGUUAGAGGAGACGUACUUCUUCCACGACUUCCACUCACCUGCACUGGAGGAAGCGGACUUCCAGAGCAAACCUAUGGUCCUCCUGGUCGGACAGUAUUCCACAGGGAAGACCACUUUCAUAAGGUAUCUUCUGGAGCAGGAUUUCCCAGGGAUGCGAAUUGGCCCCGAACCAACGACAGAUGGAUUCAUUGCAGUGAUGUAUAAUGAGAACGAGGGGGUCGUUCCUGGAAAUGCCUUGGUUGUUGACCAAAAGAAACCUUUCCGGAAACUCAAUACCUUUGGAAAUGCCUUCUUAAACAGGUUCAUCUGCUCGCAAAUGCCUAACCAAGUCCUGCAUAGCAUUAGCAUCAUUGACACCCCGGGGAUCUUGUCUGGCGAGAAGCAACGCAUAAGCAGAGGCUAUGAUUUCACUGAAGUUCUGCGCUGGUUUGGAGAGCGAGUGGACCGUAUAAUCCUCCUCUUUGAUGCUCACAAGCUGGACAUAUCUGAUGAGUUUUCUGAAGCGAUCAAAGCUUUCCGUGGACAGGAUGAUAAAAUCCGUGUGGUGCUGAACAAGGCUGACCAAGUGGACACUCAGCAGCUGAUGCGGGUUUAUGGUGCACUGAUGUGGUCACUGGGGAAGGUGAUCAAUACACCAGAGGUGGUGAGGGUCUAUCUCGGCUCCUUUUGGGCCAAGCCUCUCCAAAACGCAGAGAACCGCCGCCUGUUUGAAGCUGAAACACAGGAUCUCUUUAGAGACAUCCAAAGUCUUCCUCGAAAUGCUGCCCUGCGUAAACUUAAUGACCUCAUCAAAAGAGCUCGUCUUGCUAAGGUGCAUGCUUUCAUCAUCAGCUACUUGAAGAAGGAGAUGCCAUCCCUGUUUGGGAAAGAGAAGAAGAAGGAGGAGUUGAUUGCCCACCUGCCUGAGAUCUAUUUGAUGCUGCAGAGAGAGCACCACAUCUCACCUGGAGAUUUCCCUAAUGUCAUCAAAAUGCAGGAGCAACUCCAACAUUACGACUUCAGCAAGUUCCCUUCGUUGAAGGUGAAGUUGAUUGAAUCUGUGGACAAGAUGUUGUCAACCAAGAUCUCAAGUCUGAUGAACAUGAUCCGAGAGGAAGAAAGCAAACUACCAUCUCAGCUGGUAAUGGGUGGUGCCUUUGAGGACUCUUCUGAUGGACCUUUCGGCCAUGGUUAUGGUGAGGGUAUCAGUGCAGGGGCUGACACUGAAGACUGGAUCGUAAGUCGUGACAAACAUCGCUAUGACGAGAUCUUCUACACCUUGAUGCCUAUCAAUGGGAAGGUGACUGGCAUCAAUGCCAAGAAGGAGAUGAUGAGUUCCCGCUUGCCCAACACUGUACUAGGAAAGAUCUGGAAGCUUGCAGACUGUGAUAAGGAUGGGAUGCUGGAUGAUGAAGAAUUUGCUCUGGCUCAGCACCUUAUUAAGGUCAAGCUGGAAGGAUUUGAGAUCCCAACUGAGCUACCAGUUCACCUAGUGCCUCCAUCACACAGGAAGAACCCCACUGCAGACAUAUUAUACAGUCACCAGGAGGAUUAAUCAGUUUAACAGCCAGUGCCCAUUUAUAGAGGUUCCUUCAUACUGUAUAUGUAUAGUUAUCAUCCAGCUGCUAGCACAGUGUGGCCUUAAAUUAGAAUAUUGUAAAAAACUAUGUUGAAAAGGGCCAUUUUUAUUGGUUAAGCCAUCUUUCACAUUGUAUGUUGCUUUUGAACUUAAAUGUAGCUCUCACACAAGGAAAUAUGCCUACAUCCACACUAAUAUGUUUGGUUUGAAAACUUGUUGUUUUUGCUUAAUUUACGCCUUUAAUCCUCACUGAAAAAGUGUUUCCUCCCCUGUAAAUUGAGACUUUAGAAAAAGCUCUCCAGCACUGCAUACUUUGGUAAAUGAUGACAUUUGAAAACUGAAAAUUAAAGUUAAAAUUAAACAAAAACUUAUUAGUUUGGCUUAACUUCGUGUUAGAGAAGAGCACAGAUUUAUGACUGACAAUAUCUACAAAUUCAUAUAUCAGCCCAUAAAAUGAAAGAGUUACUUCUAAAUUGUAUCUCCUUGUUUUGUUUAAUUUGACUAAGUAUUUGUAGAUUGUUGCAGUUGUAGAUCAUUGUUUGGGGUGCUUUAAAUUUUUUAUAUUACACUUCAAUAGAAAUAACCUUUUUCAGUUGUGUUGUAAUAUGCAACCAAUAAAAAUUGCUCUUUAAAUUGCAACUUAACACGUAAUCUACUUGUACAUGUAGCACUAUCACUGAGGGCACGGACAAAAUUAAAAUUCAAUUCACUCAGUCUGACACAGCAUGAAUGUGAAAGACUAUUUAUCUAUAUAUUUUUAAUAAGUUUGCAGCACAACAGUUUAUUUUUAUCUAAAUCUUGAUUCAAACUUCUUGAUGGCACAAUUGUUUAAACUGGAAAAUAAUUGCAUCAAAAUCCCGAAUUAGACAUCUUUAAUGUACAUUUUGUAAUGUAGGGAAAUAGAAAGUGUAUUCAGUUUUUUCAUGAUGCAAAAUUCAUUUUUUACAUUUUAGAUAUAAUGUUUCUAGUCUUCUCACACUGGGUGUUACAUAUUUUAUGCUCUGCAUAAAACUUCAUGACGUUGACUAAAAUUAUAUGUUCAUUUACCAUCAUUAUAUGAUAACACUAUGUUUUGUCAUUUUUACUGUCAGUGCAAAAUUUCUGUCUGACACUGUCCAUUAAUAGGUUGUAAAGGAUUAUAAUGGUUUAUGUAAAAAAAAUGUAUGGACAAAAACAUUUACAAAAAAUAAUAAUACAUUUUUUUUUUUAAAAAUCAGUAUUGAGUAGAGGCAUAAGUCCUUUAUUAGUCCCAAACUACCAAGUGUUUUCUCUGUCUUUUAAAUCAAUUACCCUUUUAAAAUAAGAAUUAUAUAUUUAGAUAAAAUAUAUAUAUUGACAGUAAGUGAUUUUUCUUGAUUUCAUAAAAUGAAAGGAGGCUUGUUACAAAAUACUUUAUAUGACUGGGGUGCAAAAGAAGUUCUUAAUGAACUGAUGCAACGAGUUCAGUUUCAUUAAGCCACAACAUUAAAACCACCUGCCUAAUAUUAUGUAGGUCCCCCUUGUUCCACCUAAACAGUGCCAACCCGCAUCUCUGAAUAGCAUUAUGAGAUUAUAUUCUUCUCACCACAAUUGUACAGUGUGGUUAUCUGAGUUACCAUAGACUUUGUCAGUUCGAACAAGACUUCCGCUCACUGGAGUUUUUUUGUUUUUGUGACAUGAUUGUUGGUGCCAUAGGCUGGUUUGAGUAUUUCUGUAACUGCGGAUCUGCUGGAACUACACAAUAUUAGGCAGGUGGUUUCCUAGUGAUCGGUGUAUACUUUAAUAGUGAUGAAUGUAAUUGUGUAUGCUAGUGUCAUUGUAACCAUAUGUAAAUUGUAACUACUGUAGAUUCUAGAUAUAUAGUUAGCUCAAAGAUGGAAUACAAAGAGCUUGGUUGUGACUUUGUGACAAGAUCAUUAUUGAUCAGCUGAAUGAUCAGUGUGUUUUUGUACUUUAGCAAGAAACUGGUAAAAUUAAGAUUACUGUAAAAAGUGAUUACACCCAUACUGUUCUUGGGUCAUUACAUUCAUAUAAUUGAUGUUAAACUUUGCUUUGCUUUAAGGUGUUUUCCACAUUUGCUUUAACAAGCCUUUAACGUAUGUGGAAGUUUAAGCCACCUGUUUAUGUAUAAUUAAUUGUAAAAAGAUUAUGUUUUUCUACACCCUUUUAUACGGAAUA